AGUGCUGAUUACCCGCCUCAAAUGGCUGGGCAAGUAAGGGGGACUAUGGUAUACCCUCAGCAGAACUACAACAAUGGGGUAUCUGUUCAACAGUUUCAGUCAUCUGGAAGAGUAAGUGGAGUUGUUGCCACAAAUUUGUUUCCCUCAGGACAGACAGAAAUUCGCAUGUCUGUGGGUGGGAUUCGUAUGACCCCGGAGGGUGGUGACGUACUUUUGUCCCAAGACCGUUGUGGUAUAUCAAUGUCACAAAACAUAUCUGGUGGUCCAAUUGCCCAAAACCUAUCCGGUUUACACAUGUCCCAGAACAUUAAUGGUGUGCAAAUGUCGCAAACUUGAGUGGAGUGCAAAUAUCUCAGAUGUCGCAAAUGUCCCAGAAUGCUGGUUCCAUUUGUUACUUCACCAGUAACAGCAGCAACAGAGGUGGAAAUUAUCAAGAGGCCGGGACUCAUUGUAUGCCUGCAAAUCAUAACCAGCACCGACAUAGUUUCCAGGUUGUGAACGAAACCUCCCAUGGGGAUCACCGUAGUUAUCAACCAACUACUAAACACUUGUUGCAGUCCAAUCCGGGUUUUUUAGUCAAUGAGGGUGGGUGUGGAACGCAUUCUAUACAUGGCGCCAGUGGUAAUCCAGUAUUCACUCAAGACCUGCUCGGUUGUCAUGACCUUACGAAGAAUUAGAAUUGAUUUCCAUGGUGAAAUCCACCCAAUAAAUCUACCUUUGUGGUACGUUAUUUGAACUUGAUUGACUUCCAUCCAAUAAGUCUGAAUUAUGGCGUUUUACCAUAUGUGCAUUCCUCUGUAACCAUAUGAUUCAAUUUGUAACCCAAUUUGGGGUUUACAGGAUGUCGUAACUUAAAUAAGGUUACUUUAGAUACUUUCGUAAACUGAAUUUUCA